AAUGUUACAACACAAAGCAUUGAGAACAGCUGCUCUGGGCCUUGACAAGAGAAAGGACAGAAAUGAGAACAGGUGGGAGAUUAAGAAUUUAGGUUAGAUAAGAGGCAAAGUUGGGAUAGUCAAAAAAGGGUUCAAGCUUAUCCCAGGCUGAGGAGGGGGAGGCCGAGUCCCUCCAGCAAGCCCCAAAGCCUCCACCCGUCUGUAUUUCCAGGGGAACCGUCAGACUGUGCUAAACUUGGGGUCCUUUUUGAGAUGGCAUCUGUGAUUCAGCUAUUCAGAACCUAAUGAAGUUGGUGACUCUGUGACAAUGUGGAGAAAUCAUGUCAGAAAAUGUGGUUUGUACUGGGGCUGUCAAUGCUGUAAAGGAAGUUUGGGAAGAAAGAAUAAAGAAACACAAUGAAGACCUGAAGCGAGAGAAGGAAUUUCAACAGAAGCUAGUGCGAAUCUGGGAAGAACGAGUAAGCUUAACCAAACUAAGGGAAAAGGUCAUCAAAGAAGAUGGAAGAGUCAUUUUGAAGAUAGAAAAAGAGGAAUGGAAGACCCUCCCUUCUUCUCUACUGAAACUGAGUCAGCUACAGGAAUGGCAACUUCAUAGAACUGGUUUGUUGAAAAUUCCUGAAUUCAUUGGAAGAUUUCAGAACCUCAUUGUAUUAGAUUUAUCUCGAAACACAAUUUCAGAGAUACCUCGAGGAAUUGGACUGCUCACUAAACUUCAGGAGCUGAUUCUUAGUUACAACAAAAUCAAGACUGUCCCCAGGGAACUAAGUCAUUGUGUGAGCUUGGAGAAACUAGAACUUGCUGUAAACAGAGAUAUAUGUGAUCUUCCACAAGAGCUUAGCAAUUUGUUAAAGCUUACUCACCUUGAUUUGAGUAUGAAUCACUUUACUACAAUCCCUCCUGCUGUGUUGAACAUGCCUGCUCUUGAGUGGCUCGACAUGGGAAGCAACAGACUUGAACAACUUCCUGAUACUAUAGAAAGAAUGCAAACUCUACAUACAUUAUGGCUGCAACGGAAUGAAAUAACAUGCUUGCCAGAAACAAUCAGCAAUAUGAAAAACCUGGGUACUCUUGUUCUCAGCAACAAUAAACUGCAAGAUAUUCCAGUGUGCAUGGAAGAGAUGACCAAUCUGAGGUUUGUCAACUUCAGAGACAACCCACUGAAAUUGGAAGUAACACUUCCUCCUAGUGAAAGCAUAGAUGAAGAAGAGGAACGGGAAUUAUUUGGCCUUCAGUUUAUGCAUAUAUAUAUACAGGAGUCACGGAGGAGAGCAGAUAACCAAGUCAACUGUUCAACUACUUUACCAAUCUCUAUGAAUACUGACGGAUAAUAUAACUCAAGAUGCCCUGCUGAAGAGAAUUACUUUGGGAAUUUGGUGAACUCAAUGUCUGGACUUCUAAAGUAAAAAUCAAAGCUAUUACCAAAGUUCAA